CUAGUAUCCUAACGUUUGAAAGUAUCGUUGCUUUUUAAAAAAAAAAAAAUUAAUAUACAUUUUAUAAGAAUUAAAAUUAAAUGUGUGUGUGCUUAUGCAAUUCAUGUUAGUUUGGAUUAGUUGUUAAAAUAAUGGUUGACGAAGAACUAAUUAAAAAUAUUCAAGCGACUUUCUCUCUCUAUGGACUUAAAUUAUCAAGAACACUCGGUCAUUCUGUGGCCAAAGAAUUAUUACACAUAAAUGAAUCGGAGAAAGAUCAAUGGCUUACAGGUGUAAUAGAACAAAUAUUAUCUCAAAAUUUGAAAGAUCCACAUGUGGAAGUUGAUCAUGUUAAAAUUGCUAUAACAGAUUUUAUGAGAUCAGAUAUAUUGAAAGAAACUGAGACAAAAUUAAAUGUUAUUGAUGCAUUCGAAAUACCAAAAAUGUCAUACGAUCUUAGCAAGAAGAAAUUUGUGUUACAUAAAGUUUCAAUGGACUUAUACUCAGAAGUAACACAAAAGACUGUAAUUUUUAAAGAUAGGUUUGAAUAUAUAAAAUACAGAAUAUUAAGACAUGAAUCAUUUAUUUUGCGAUUUUUUGGAGGAGAUCUAGUAUCUAAAAUAAAAUUAACAGAAAUUGAAUCAUUGGAGAGCUUGAAUAAAGCUGAAAAUAUUUAUUUAUUAGGGCUUAUAUCCGAACUUUUUGAAAAUCAAUAUUUCUUAGAAGAUCCAGGAGGAUCGAUAAGAAUAAAUUUGAAUAAAGCAAUUUUUCAAGAUGGUCUGAUUCUUGAAGGUUCUAUAGUAAUAAUUAAAGCUAAUUUCUCUCAUGGGGUAUUAAACGUUAAAGAAAUUGGAUUUCCACCAGCAGAAUCACCUGAAAAUUCGCGUGCAGAUUUUGGAGAUGCUAAUACAUUUGGUGGACCUCAUCCUACAUUAUUGAAACUAUCUGAAAAGUUGAAAGUACUUGAACAAUCCGAUGAAAAAGCAAGGAUGAUAUUUCUAUCGGAUUUGUGGCUUGAUCGUACAAUCGUAUUAGAUAAAUUUAAACUUUUGUUGGAAGCAUUUAUAGACUUUCCACCAUCAGCUUUUGUAAUAUGUGGAAAUUUUUUAAGUUUUCCCGAAAAUGAAUUCAGUCCAGUGGCAAUGAAGGAUGGAUUCAAGAGAUUGGCCGAUUUAAUAGUUCAAUAUCCAAGCAUAAAAGAAUCUUCUAAAUUUAUAUUUGUACCAGGUCCUUGCGAUUUAGGUGCACCGAAGAUUGUACCAAGAAGACCAUUGUCUAAAUUUGCAAUCGAAGAUAUCCAAAAAGCUAUACCUGGAGCUAUAUUUGCCAGUAAUCCUUGCAGAAUUCAGUAUUAUACUAAAGAGAUUGUGGUAUUCAGGGAAGAUAUGUUGAUUAAAAUGUGCAGGAAAACUAUACGUUUUCCUAGUGGAAUUGAAUCAAAUAUACCUUAUCAAUUUGCUAAAUCUAUUAUUUGUCAAGGACAUUUGAUUCCUUUACCACUUCCAGCAAGUCCUGUUUAUUGGAAACACGAUUAUGCCUUACGUUUACAUCCUACGCCCGAUGUAAUUGUAAUCGCAGAUCAAUAUGAACCAUACUGGACCGUUUUCUCUGAUUGUCAUGUGAUAAAUCCUGGAUCAUUUCCAAACAGUCAACGUAAAUAUUGCUCAACAGGCAAUCAAGCGAGCAAAGUCGAACCAUACGAGUCUCUGCUGUCUAUUGAACGUGGGUGUACGUUGGAUUCAGCACGUAAGCAUCGAAAACCCUUCAUGCCUUUACUUUUCCUAUUUUUGGUACGAAGGAUGCGAGAUAUUUUGUAUCGUGAUAUGAAAACGAGAAAAAUUUGAAAGUAUUAUUUGUUUCAAUGAAUAC